AUGUCAUCCAGGCGACUAUCCAUAUGGGUGCGUGACAUUCGCGUGUCUCCGCUAUGCCUUUCCAGAUAUGCUAGCUCAAUAACCACCUGUGCCUCUACGAAACCAUCCCUCCUCCGAUCAUACUCGCAAGGCAAGGUCUCCGACUUGGCCAAGAACUUUUCCCGGAGACCUGGAAAUGCUGCUGAGACUUAUAUUGCAUAUGGCAUGACACAGAAGCUGUUUGAGGCCUGUUCCAGCCAAGCGGACUACAAGAUCCCCCAAGCGUUGCAAAAGGGAGUCGAGGUCCCAAAAACUGAAGCUGGGGAAGAUCUCGGCGUAGGAGAGGGUUGGUGGUAUAAAGAACUCGGUCUCUUGCCAACAUUUUCUACAUGGUCCCAGGUGACUCUCCUCCACAUGUACCUCUUGACAGUCCGCCUUCGUGCUCUUCCCUAUCGCGACAGCGUUACCACCUACUCUCGCCACCUGAUCGAUCACUUUUCGCAUGAAGCUGAACACCGCAUGGAUGUGUAUCAUGAUUUAGGUAGUCGCACUAUUCGCAACAAAUACUUGAAGGAUUUGUUCAUUCAAUGGCGUGGAAUCAUUGCUGCGUAUGAUGAGGGAUUAGCCAAAGGUGACGCGGUGCUGGGCGCUGCUAUCUGGAGAAACCUUUGGAAAGGGAGUCAUACCGGACCAGACAACCAAGAAAUUGACUGGGCCAAGGUUGCUCAGGUGGUAGCCUACAUGCGCCGGGUCUUGUCGGAAUUAGCCAAGAAGGACGAGGUCGAUCUUGUUUUUGAUAUACAUGGCCAGAACAACGGUAUCUUCAAUUAUUCUGAGAUGGACAAGAAUCUUGUUGCAGCCAAAUGA